AUGUCCGCCGGACGAUACCUUGCGACACGCGUUACUAGCCUGAAGCCCCCAAUGCUCAGCGCACCGAAUCCUCUCAAGCUCAUAGUUAUGAUAAACCGUCGCCAAUGGGCCUUUUUUGCAGUCGCCUUCGCCGCUUGGACAUGGGACGCAUUCGAUUUCUUUACAGUCUCACUCACCGUCACUGAACUGUCAGAAUCAUUCGACAAAUCAAAGACCGAUAUUACUUGGGGCAUUACUCUUGUCCUCAUGUUCCGAUCCGUUGGGUCCAUUCUGUUUGGUAUCGCAGCAGACAGAUACGGCCGGAAAUGGCCGUUUAUCGUGAAUAAUAUUCUCUUCAUAAUCUUGGAGCUGGGGACAGGAUUUUGCAACACAUACGAACAGUUCCUAGCAUGUCGCGCCCUGUUUGGAAUCGCCAUGGGCGGUUUGUACGGCAAUGCGGCGGCCACAGCUCUCGAAGACCUCCCCGCGGAGACACGCGGGAUGAUGUCCGGAAUCUUACAACAAGGUUACGCAUUUGGCUACCUAUUGGCUGCGGCCUUUGCCCGAGGUCUCGUUAAUACCACCCCUCACGGCUGGCGCCCGCUCUACUGGUUCGGCGCAGGCCCCCCGGUACUCUUCAUUGCCUUCCGACUUAUGCUUCCAGAGACCGACACUUUUCUCGAGCAUAAACGUCUCCGCGAGGUGGCCGGCAGACACGCCGCGGAGUCGGAGAAGUCCAAUGUGACCUCCACUUUCAUCAAGGAGGGCAAGGUCGCCUUGCGCCGCCACUGGUUGAUGUUGACAUACCUUGUCCUCCUGAUGGCCGGGUUCAACUUCAUGUCCCAUGGAAGCCAGGACCUCUAUCCCACUAUGCUUACGAACCAACUCAACUUCGACGCCGACCAGGUUACUGUCACCCAGGUUGUUGCUAACCUCGGGGCUAUGUUGGGCGGAACGACUGUCGGUUACUGCAGUCAGAUCUUUGGUCGACGGUUCAGCAUUGUGGUCUGUUGCAUCGUCGGUGGUGCACUACUCUACCCAUACACCUUCGUCAAGACAGAGGCCGUGAUGGCUGCGGCAUUUUUUGAGCAGUUCUGCGUGCAAGGUGCUUGGGGUGUCAUUCCUAUUCACCUGAUGGAGUUGAGCCCUGGCGCUUUCCGCACCUUUGUGGUGGGCACGUCGUACCAGUUGGGUAAUUUGGUCUCGUCUGCGAGCUCUACAAUUGAAGCACGUCUUGGCGAGCGAUUCCCGCUGCCACCGAAGGGAGAGACGAAGCGAUACGACUACGGCAAAGUUAUUUGCAUUUUCAUGGGAUGUGUCUUUGCGUAUGUCAUCGUGUUGACUUUCAUUGGACCUGAGCAUCUGCGUCGUAGCUUCGAUGUCGCUGAUGAUUCGGAUAUGCGAGAGGUUGCUGGCGUUGAGACGAUGGAAGAUGAGCUUCAUGAUCGCGAGAUCAGGCAGAGGAGAUCGGUGCAGAUUGAUGAAGAGAGGGGGCACCAAGAGAAAUCGGCUACUCACCGCGAGUAG